AUGCUGCGCGCAUUGGAGUUGUGGGAGCUGCUGGAUAUCAAACACAUGGGCCCGCUCAAAGUCACGCUCGCUGCGGAGGGCGUGGUGAAGCUGAUAGCAGGAGACGACGACUUGAGAUGGAAGCUUGCAGGUCUAGAGCGUGCUCGGGAGCUGGGAGUGCUAGCGAGGAUAGUGUGCAUGCUGGGCAAGCGGUGCAGUGACGUGCGCCUGCACGGGCUGCCACAGCGCCUGGCGGACCUGCAGGCGCAGAGCGCCGGGCCCAACGCACUCAUCUUCCACCCCAAGGAGGAGGCCUUCCUGCUCAAGUAUUUGGAGGAGAUGGUAGCAGCAACGAGCACGUUGCAUCUGGAGAUGACAACCCUAGACAACCUCCUGCCAAGUUCGCACCCACUGCGCCUGUCGCGCAUGGUGCGGGAGGGGCUGGCGCGGUCGGGCAGCCUGGGCGUGGGGGCGCUCUCACAGGACCGCAUCCAGGGCCAGAUGAAGCUAGUGGAGCGCUUACAGAAGGAGUCACUGUGGUGUGAAGACUUUGACAAGUCCGUUCUGCUGCUAGCAGCAGCGGUGGUGAUCCUAUCGCGUCGUCUGCGCCUGCUGUUUGGCUCCCCCGAGGUGGACGCACAGCACACGGCGCACACGCUGGGGGAGCGCGGCCUCGCACUGCACUACGCGCACACACUGCUGCUCGUGGAAAGGAUCGUCAACAAGCCCACCGCGCUGCUGCGCGUGCAGAGGGACGACCUAUACCGGCGGCUACCGGGCAACGUGAAGCACCAGCUGCGGGUGCGGCUGAACCAGCGCCCGCGGCCCUUUGACAUCGAGGCCGCAGCGGAGAUCCGGCGCACGCUAGAGUACAUGCUGGGGUGGCUGCUGCCCAUGGCGCACGCCACCAUCACAUGGCAGACGGAGCACAGCUAUGGGUGCCACUUGAGUAAACGCCACCGCACGCUGCAAGUGCAGACGCUGUACUAUGCGGACAAGGACCGGUUUGAGGUGUGUCUGGUGGAGCUGCUGGUGGGGCUGAGCUAUAUCUCGCGGCCCCCCGGGCUCACCAACCUGCAGCCCGGGGAAGAGGCGCCCUGGCGCCUCUGGCUCACCACGGGGGGGCACAUUCCCCCUGUGGGCGCGGAUGGGCGCGUGGGGAAGGACAGGGGGCGCGGGAGGGGGGACGGGAGGGGGAGAGGGGGGGAGGUGGGGAGCGACGGCAAGGGAAGCAGGUCAGGUGUAGAGGGAUCAGCAGAUAGGGCAGGAGACAGGGCUGUGCAGGGAGGGAUGGUGGGCGAGGCAGCAGUGGGAAGGAGAGCAGGGGGAAGGGGGACAGGAGGGGAGCAAGGUGCAGAGCCCAUGAAGCAGGGUGACAGAGGAGGCGGUGGUGGGGCAGGGGAUGGGGAUGGAGGUGAGUUUGAGGGUAGGAGUAGGGGUUGUGCUGUUGGGGCAGGGGCGUGUGCAGAGAGGGGUGGAGAUGGGAAGAGGGAGGGGCAGGUGUCAGGGGAAGGUGCUGCAUGUGGGGAGGGGGCGGGGAGGGCAGCAGGGGAGGGUGGAGGAGGGGAAGGAACAAGUGCAGAAGCAAGGGAAGGUGGGACAGUUGCUGAUUAUGCCACCACUGCAGGUGGUGCUGUUGGCGAUGUGGGUGUUGAUGGCAAGAGUGGCACGGAUGGCAAUGAUGCUGGUGACGAAAAUGGCCGUGAAAAGCCUCUUGGGGUUCUUGCUGCCAAUGCAGCAGCCAUGGCACCGGCCGCUGCAGUCACCGAAUCAUCUGAACCACCAGCAGCAGCAGCAGGAGCAGCACGAGGAGCAACGUGUCAGCAGGUUGCAGGGGUUGGGGAGGCAGAGGAUUCAGCUGCCUUGGCAAGGAAGGGCUCAAAUGAGGAGGAGGUGCACUCAAGUGGAGGAGUGGAAGGGGAAGAGGCCAGUGCAGGGGGGUUGGGAGGCGACGGAAGAACUGGUGGUGACGUUGGGCUUGGCAAGAGUGAGGAGGGGGGCGAUAGGGACGGGAGUGAGGAGAAGGGGGGUUAG